AUGAAGAUUGCCAGAGCACUAUCACUAUUCAAAAAACGUGAUCACAUGUGCCCAAAUAAUUACAGACCAGUUAGCCUCCUUCCCAUUUUUCCGAAGAUCAUAGAAAGAAUAAUAUUUGUUAAGUUAAUGGCAUUUUUUAAUAAAAACUCUAUCAUAAAUGGUAGACAGCUUGGGUUCCAGAAGGAAAAAUCUACAGUGUCAGCUGCAUUUGAACUUAUUAAUAUACUCUCUGCAGGCCUAGAUCAAGAGCUAGAUGUAAGAGUAGUUGAAAGUGCUAAAUUUCUAGGGAUCACUGAGGACAGUUGUUUAGGAUGGAAAGAUCAUAUAUCCAAUAUAAGCAAUGAAAUUAGCACUGCUGCUAUUGCUCUGAGAUAA